UUAGAGAAUAUUGCACGAAGCAGAGAUAGCGUGGAGUCUCCAUUCUUUUUGCUCAGAAACUGAAAGAGAGAAGGAGAGAACUGUGAUUUAUAGGGCCAGGAUAGUAUAACAUGGAAGCAGCGACGGAAGAUUUUUGCGAGAGAUUAUUAAUAACCAGAUAGGGGGGGUAUUUUUCUUACUGUAUAGGGCUGACCUACAGGCAAAUCUUUGUUAUUAGGAAGCGAUUUCUUUCUAGCAAAUUAGGAGCUAUUUUAUUAGUACAGGAUAAUUUUGGUCCCAAAACGUAUUUUACUAACAUGAAAAAAUUUAUUCUUUAGAGUAGCCAUCUAUCACAAACAGCUGCGGAACUCUAAAAGAGAAUACACUAAUGAAAAGUUUUUUUAAAAAAAUAUUUGGCUAGCUGUUCUGAACAGUUUGUACUCUUUGAAGGUCGUCUUUUGUCAUAGACAGGAUUUGUGUGCGCGUGUGUAAAGGGGGGGGGGCUGUUAAAAUCCUAUUUUUUAAGCAAAUUCAUUGAGCGAUAUAUCUUGUACCAGACCGGGUUUUUUUUAUUGACAAGGAAAGUCAGUCUUUGCCCUCAGUGGGUACUUUAAGGUCCGAUCCACUGCGGGAGGAUUAGCUGUUUAGUGUGUGUGUCCGUCCUUUGUUUUUACUGGGACAAUUAAAUCUGAGCAGCACCGGUAGGAAUCCUAAUUUGGUGGAGGAGGUGUUGCCCUUUGUAGCUCUUUCCCUUCUCUUGUCAUCGUUGCAGUUUUUCCUCAUUCUUGCCCUUUUAGCCACUUUAACCGGUUCUUCUAGAAGCAGCAGCUUAUCCAAGAGGUGGUGGUCGUUACUGCGGCUACCGCCUCCCGCCUCCUGUUUCUGCUCUGCCUUCCCCGCGUCAUCAAAACAUGAGCUACUUCUGGGGUUGACAUUCGCAGGAGCCGCCGCUGCCGCCGGGAAAGGAGAGGCUCGAGCGGGCGGGUGGCUGGCAACUGCCCCCCCCCCCACUGCUUCAGGAGUGCGAAGGGGGAUCAUCCCAGCUGACUGUACGGCCCGUUCUCCGCUAGGAGAGGGUGACUGGAAGUUGGUACUCAAGCAACAGCGACGGCCUCUUCCAGCUAAGACAGAGGGAGACGGACUUUCCAGCAGCUGUUGCCCUGCCCAGAAGCAGCCACCUCCUGAAUAACAUAACCACCACCCUGAAGAUUCUUCUCAUCCUCACCACCGCCCUUCUCCCCACACCGAAGCAGAAGCCGCUCAGUCGCCCCGCUGGCAAGAGGCUCCGUCGUCUUCUCCGUCUCCUCCUCAAGCCGCCAGCCCGAGGGACUUCCAGCCGCCCUUGCUAAGGGAGAGGAGCCCCGACCGGUGUAACUUCGCUGUCUUGCUCGCUUUGGCGGCGGACCUCAAUGUGGUGCCCGCUGCUGCCGCCGCCGCCGCCGUCACCACCUCUUCCACCACCGCCGCCGCCACCUCUUGCUGCUGCUGCUGCCGCCGCUGUCGCUGCUGCUAGGUGGUGAACCGGCGGCUUCUGUCCCCUCCUUUCCCACACCUGCGGGCUUUAAAGGCCACAGGGAGGAGAGGCUGCCUUUCCCUCCCCCCGCUUCCCUAUGGAGUCUCCCCCCAAUAACAGCCACUUGCUGGGCAGCGCUGGGAACCUCCUGCCCGGCGGGCUAGGCUCCGGCUUCAGCAGUCUGCAGAGCCCCGAGCUCCCCAGCCCUCAUCACGGCGGGGGCGGCUCCUCUGCCUCGGCAGCGGCUUCUUCCCCUCCUCCGCCGCCGCUGCCCGGUUUCGGCACUCCGUGGUCGGUACAGACUUCAUCGCCGCCGCCGCCUCAGCAGCAGCAGCAACCGCCGCCGGGGCAGCCGCAACAGCCGCCGCAGCCGCCGCCUCCAGUGACCAGCGCCGCCAUGGCCCCUCCGCCCAGCCCGGAGUCGUCAGAGAGCAGCAGCAGCUUUUACGCCGCCGGCGGCGGGAUCCCGUCGUCCAUCAACCCGGCUUUCUUCCAGAGCUUCUCGCCAGUGUCGACUCACGCCGCCUCCGUCGGGCCUUUCGGCAGCCCCUUCUCGACCGCGCCGCCGCCGCCUCAGAUCAAUUUACCUCAGCAGCAGCAGCAACAGCAGCAGAAUCGGCGAUCUCCGGUGAGCCCUCAGCUACAGCACCACCACCAACACCAACACCAGGCGGCCGCGGCGGCCGCGGCGGCAGCCUUCCUCCAGCAGAGGAACUCCUACAACCACCACCAGCCUCUUCUGAAGCCGUCACCAUGGAGCAAUCAUCAAAGUAGUGGAUGGAGCACAGGAAAUAUGUCUUGGGGAAGUAUGCAUGGUAGAGACCAUCGUAGAACUGGAAACAUGGGCAUUCCAGGAACUAUGAACCAGAUCUCUCCCUUAAAGAAGCCAUUUUCUGGUAAUGUCAUAGCUCCCCCUAAAUUUACUCGUUCUACUCCAUCACUGACUCCAAAAUCAUGGAUUGAAGAUAAUGUUUUCCGAACAGACAACAACAGUAACACACUCUUGCCCUUACAGGAUCGAAACAGAAUGUAUGACAGUCUGAAUAUGCAUUCACUGGAAAAUUCACUUAUUGAUAUAAUGAGAGCUGAGCAGGACCCUCUUAAAGGUCGUUUGAAUUAUCCACAUCCAGGAACUGACAAUCUUCUAAUGUUAAAUGCAAGGAGUUAUGGGCGAAGACGAGGUCGUUCUUCCCUCUUUCCAAUAGAUGAUGGCUUGCUGGAUGAUGGUCACAAUGAGCAAGUGGGUGUCUUGAAUUCACCUACUUGCUAUUCUGCUCAUCAGAAUGGAGAACGGAUAGAACGUUUUUCUCGAAAAGUAUUUGUUGGUGGUCUUCCUCCAGACAUCGAUGAAGAUGAAAUUACUGCUAGUUUCAGGCGAUUUGGACCUCUGGUGGUUGACUGGCCUCACAAAGCAGAAAGCAAAUCCUAUUUUCCACCCAAAGGUUAUGCAUUCCUGCUUUUCCAAGAGGAGAGUUCUGUUCAAGCAUUGAUUGAUGCCUGCCUUGAAGAAGAUGGAAAGCUGUAUCUGUGUGUUUCUAGCCCCACUAUCAAGGAUAAGCCAGUUCAGAUCCGUCCCUGGAACUUAAGUGAUAGUGACUUUGUGAUGGAUGGUUCACAGCCCCUAGAUCCUCGAAAAACUAUUUUUGUUGGUGGUGUGCCCAGGCCACUACGAGCUGUGGAAUUGGCCAUGAUAAUGGAUCGUCUUUAUGGUGGAGUUUGUUAUGCAGGUAUCGACACAGAUCCUGAAUUAAAAUACCCCAAAGGUGCUGGUCGAGUUGCUUUUUCCAAUCAGCAGAGCUACAUUGCUGCCAUUAGUGCUCGGUUUGUUCAACUUCAGCAUGGUGAUAUUGAUAAACGAGUGGAGGUAAAGCCAUAUGUAUUGGAUGAUCAGAUGUGCGAUGAAUGCCAGGGUGCCCGAUGUGGUGGGAAGUUUGCUCCCUUUUUUUGUGCCAAUGUCACUUGCCUGCAGUAUUACUGUGAGUUUUGCUGGGCGAAUAUCCACUCUCGAGCAGGACGCGAAUUCCAUAAGCCAUUGGUUAAGGAGGGGGCUGACCGCCCACGCCAGAUCCACUUCCGCUGGAACUGAGUCUGGUUCUCCAGUAUCUCCUUAAGGAAUGAAGGGUGCAUGUGGCUUACUGUUUUUGAAGAUACUGACAUGCAGAAGAAAUAAGUGCAUUCUUCUGCUUCUCACCCCAACUCUCAAUACAUGCAUCUUUUUCAGCAGCCAAAACACUACAAAGCCUCUUGUUUUUCACCAAAACCCUACAUCUCAGGCUUACUAAUUUUGUGAUAUUUUCAUGUUAAAAUAAAAAAUGUUUUUUUGUAUUUUCUCCAACUUAUUUUUAUAUGUAAAAUUAAAAGUAGAUAUGAGAAUGUUUUUUGCAUAGGGGCACACUAUCUGCUGCUAUAUUUAGUGGGUGAAGCGUGCACUUAUUUCUAAACAUGAGUUUUUAACUUCAAGAUCUGCCCCAGUGAUUACCAAAGGUAGCAAAAAUAGUGAAGAUGGAAUAUGUCUGCUACAAAAAAGCUUAUUUUUAUUGUUGUUGCUAUUUUCAGUGUAUACAUCGAUUUAAAAAAAUUAGGGUUGAUUUUUUGCUCUCCAUUUUGACUUGCAAGAAAUAAUACCUCAAGAUAAUCUGAUUUAUUAGCUAUUUUUAAACAUUUAUAAUCACAAGCUGUAUUAGCUUUGCUGCUAUAUAGGUGUUAUGUGUAAUGCCACCUAUUAAUACGGGAUUGAAACAUUUUAAGAUACACUGCAUUACAGAUUAAAAUGCAGGCAGCACAAUAUGGCAUAACUGCCAUAGUUUUAGAAUGUGAAAAAUUGCAUGUUUACUUACCUGUAUACACCUUAUGCAUGCACUAGAUCUAACGAAAGGUGAGUUAUUGCAAAUGUUUUUUUUUAAGGUUCUGAAGUCUAAGUAGCAUGAGCAAACCGCAAAAUUUGUAACAAAAGAGACUUGCAUGCAUUAUUGUGACUCAAGUUUUUUUCUAAAAAUGUCCUACAUGUGUACAAUAUGCAAAUUAGUUUUAGAUUAGAAAGUGCAGCCAUUUUGUGACCUGGUUGGUAGUGGAAUUCAAUUUUUGCAGACUGGAUGUAAUAUUGUAAUCCCUGUGCAACCUUGUGAUGUGUGGUUCUAAUUAGUGUGGAGUGGUGUAGCAUAGACACAAGUUUGAGUAAAGACUAGAUUUUAUUAUUAUUUAUUUCAGCCCCUUUAAUUAUUCAUGGUUAUAACUUCCUCUACAUACCAAAGAUGGCCAGCCCACUGCUAACCAGUCACCAAAUGGAAAACUACUGAGAAAUGAGCAUUAAAAUGUGCUCAUGCAAGAAAAUUUAAUGCUUUAGUAAUAUAACCUAAAUAAAGUCAAAAUGGAGAUGGUGUAAUAUACAGACAGCUAGUUGCAAAAGCUAAAUCUUACCUUUAAGACAACAGUGAAAUCUGGCUUAAACUCUGUGUACUUGUUUGACUUUGGGCGUAUUUGAAUCUUCUGUCAAACUGGGGUCACUGUUGCAUGAACUAUAGUUAGAUGACUGACAGUUAAGCAUAGUGCUUUAAUUUUUAUGAAGGAGUUUUAAGUAAUGACCUUGCUUGCAAAAUUAAAAAAAACACACAAAACAAAAACUUUUGUUGAUACUAAAUGCAAGAUACUCAUUAGCAGUGUUUUUGUCCAUCUCAGAACAUUUUAAUGCAACUAGCCCUUAUGUUUCAAUGGAAGAGAGAGCUAUUCUGCUGCAAUUGAAGCAGGCACCCAACAAAAGCAAAUGCAGAAUUAAAAGUCUUACUCCAAGAGAGAAAUUUAUAAGGGUUAUGCUCUUGGCAACCCCUUGGGGACAAUCCUUCAUGUAAGCAAAGUGUUGCUCUUAUAUUGGUUGUCUGCAAUGUGCUUUUUGUACUGUUCAAUAUGAGGUUCAUGUCUGAUUCUGCUGUUUUGUUGUGGAUGUGGUUCAAGUUUUUAAAGUUUUAAAGUUGAUGCUGUUUUAAGAAGAGCUUUCUAACUGAUUUAUUUCUCAAUGUACCCUAUUUGUUACUUAACCAUGAUCCUCCAGAUUUUGGGGAGUAUUCUUUUCUAACCUUAAACUCUGCCAAACCUUGAUCCAUUUUUGACAUUUGUUAUGCACUAUUUUUAUAUCUCUCUGAGAGAUUUUUUUUCCAACUAGUCAGCUAUUUUAAGGCACACUUUUUUUGACAGAUGACAUCUCCUUUGCUAUACCUCAAUUUUUGGAAUUUAGAAAGAAAAAAAUCAGUAGUUUUGCAAUGUUAAUUAUUUGGAUAUAAUUUAAUUCUGCAGAUGUUUUUAACUUUAUUUUCAUAUUUCUUGCUUGAAGUUUAAAAUUGAAGCGCCUUUACAUAUUUUAAAUAAUGAAAGUGAAUAUGGAAAAGUAGUACACAACUGAAAUAAUUGGAGAUGUUGAAAAAUCUUUUCUUCCCCUCUAAAUAAAGCUGUAAUAAAACAAGAAGAUGCCCUUUUUGGUAUGGAUAAACUAAUUUAAAUAUCAGGCUAUGCCUGUCACUUCAUUUCUGGAGCUAUUGAAGCAAAUAGCUCCUGUAAACUACAAAUUCUUUUUCUUCCUUUUAAAAUCCAUUCAUGGGCACAAUGCAGUUAGAAGGUCUCCAGCAUCAGGACCUGUAGAAAUGAAUGAAUGCUGCGCAGGAACACAGCCAUUCUCAUAGAUCCUGUUUAUUUCCAUGGGCCUGGCACAUGCUGUUUUCUUGCACAGCCCCUGUUUAUUUCAGCAGAGGAUGAUGCAAGAGAUCUCUCUAGUGGAUUGUGCUCUUUAUUCUCUUAACUGUUUGACACUGUAUUUUUUUGUUUUUAUAAAAUCAUAUUUAUUUUACUAUUUUUGUAGGAGAUUGUUAAUUUUAUUGUAUUUUUGUAUUUUUAAAGCUUCUUUACUUUUGUUACCCCAAAUGUGCAUAUUGCUGUCCAAUUGUAUGACUGUGGAGGAAAAAAAAUACUUUAAAGGUCCACGCUUUUUGUUAAGAAGGAAACAUUUAGCAUUUAUAUAUUUGUGUAUGGAAAACACUUGAUAUUUUAUUCCCUGUUGCAUCUGGCUGCACAGAGCCUCUCCUCAAAGAUGCUACAAAACUUGAAUAUAACACAUUUUGGAAGGCUGACUAACCUCGAUUCUGUGUUGUGACGUGCAAUACUGUUUCUAAUGUUUGUAUAAAAAGAAUAACAGUGUAAACCUUUUUAAUGCAAAUUUUAUUUUUUUCAUUGCAUCUUUUGCAAAUUUUAUCCACAGUGUCAUUUUUUACUGUCAGAAAAAGAAAACCCCUUUUGUCAUUGCAAAUAUUUUUUAAAAUCCAGAAAUCUUUGUACUGAUGUAAAUGAUCGUAGUUAUUUUGGAUAGUGUUUUGCUAACAAAAGGAGAGACUUUUUUCAUGCAUAUUUCUAUUUUGUUGUCAUUUUGGGUUUUGUUUGUUUGGUUUAUUUCAAAUAGUAAAAAUACUUGGAAUAAUUUUUCAUAUUCUUGUCAUUAAUAUUAUUUUGUAUUUUUAUGUGGAAAUAUAUAAUUUUAUGACGCUAAUUGCUAAAAGUUUAUUUUAUGUUGAAUUAUUUUUGGAGCUGAAAUCUUUGUAAUAUUAAAGCAACUAGUUUCUAAAUUCCGAGUUUCUGUAAAGAAUCGCACAAGUGGUUUAUGGAAUGUUUGGAUUGUAAUUAUAAAUGGUUCUUUGAUAUGCAAAUUGAUAUUUUCAGUUUAUUUUAUUUUAUAUUCCUAAUAGGGUGUUAAAACAGUUUUUAUUUUUUUCUAAAUAAAAAGUAAACUCAUGCUUUUUAUGGACACAAAGGAAGCAGUACACCAAACACUGCUGCUGAGUUCUGAACAUUGAUUUCAGUGGAGCCCAUAAAAAUCCCACUGAAAUAAGAGGGUGUUUCCCAGAAGCAGUAUUUGAUGGAUUGCUCCCUUACUUAAUCGCCUUCAGCUUAAAAUCUUCUGUUAAUAUAUUUUAGUUCAUUUUACUGUUAUCUUCCAGGUGUCUAAAUCUCCAGUCUGUCUGUUGUACUGGUAAUUUAACUCUGUAAUGGAAUAGUUUGCUGCCAACUAUUUAUAUAAUAAGUAAUUUUUAAAUAUUUGUAAUAUUGUUGACUGACUAAUAAACUAUUAAGUUAUUGGCA